ACCCGUAGCCACUGCUUCCUGAACAACAAAUUAUAAUCGAUUUUAUCAUUUCUGCAAUGUGUACAGCAUACAAAAUGUAGCUGGAUUUAUUAUAUCUAUAAGAUUUUGGUGAUGAAGAAAUAAGGUUAAACUCGGGUCUAUUUUAUUUAAAAUUCAACAGUAAAGAAUGGAUUAAUGAAUGCUUUGAUGUAAUUAGUUCAACUAUUAGUCGUUUUUUCGUAGUGUGUAGUAUGUGAUACUAGUCCACGAGGAAAUAGCGUCAAUGUGAUGGUACAACGACGGAAACACAGUCAUGGACAUCGUUCAUGCCAAGUCAUUGUACGAUAUCUCAAAAGCAUUCGACUCACAUUACAUCCCUUCAAAGUAUUCUCCGCGGUUUGAAAUACAUAAUUUCAAUCUGAAAUGCGUCACGGUACGCUGAUUUAGGUAGACCUCUGAGGUACUGACUGAUGGCUGAGCCAAGGGCUUGUUUGGACUUGUAACGAUGACCAGAUAAGAUUUUUUUCAGUUUUGGGAAAAGGAAACAAACAAACAAACAAAAAACAAAAAAAACAAAAAAAGUGGUCCGUGGGUUUAGUGCCCAAUCCGAGAGAGCUGCUGUUUUUGGGAUUCCUUUCCUUUGAUUCCUUAUCUCUGGGGGUUGUAUGGGCUGCCACCGGUGAUCUUGGCCUGAUGGGGAAACACUCCUCAUCCUUUUCCUAGGGGGGGGGGGGCUGCUUGUCUUCUCAAAGCGGAUCUUGACUUCCUGAACAUGAAGGGCCUCCACUCCCACAAACCCUAUCAACUUCUCCCUCACAGUAGGUGAUGUGAUACACUUGUGCACUGUCAUCUUUCUGGAGAGGCUUUCCAUUCCUCUUGGCUCUGAUUAAUCUGGUACCCUGAUGACCUCGCUUCUCUCGUGUGUAGCACCAAUCAGCGGGGAAUCAGUUUAGGGUCUGAUACGAUUGUAUCCUUCAUGGUUACAUCGUAGACUGCCUUAUUGACUGAAGGUUGCUAUAGCACCUGUCACUAAGGAAACUGCUUUAUUGACUGAAGGUUGCUAUAGCACCUGUCACUAAGGAGACUGCCUUAUUGACUGAAGGUUGCUAUAACACCUGUCACUAAGGAGACUGCCUUGUUGGCUGAAGGUUGCUAUAGCAUCUGUCACCAAGGAAACUGCCUUAUUGACUGAAGGUUGCUAUAGCACCUGUCACUAAGGAAACUGCCUUGUUGACUGAAGGUUGCUAUAGCACCUGUUACUAAGGACAUAUGUAACACUUCCAGUUCUUCAACGUCUGGUGCUGUUGGGGUGUAGCAGGUAGCAGUAGAUGUGCUCGUAACCUCCAUCUCUGUCUCGUAAUCUGGCUGGGGGACUGCCCCAGAGGUUGGGGAAUGCUAAACAACCCUCUUUUUCAUACUGUCACAUCCUCUCUGCCAGACUUCCUUCUUUCUUGUUAUCUUUUGUGCUUUCGACAGGCAAUCGAAAACAAGUAUUCUGGCAAGAGUUGCAGCCAUAUCCCCAAUCACUGCUUUUGACCAAUCUAGAAUAGCACUCGGGAUCCAUGUUGAACUAUACACCAUUUGACUCGAUUAUCAGAUCGCUCGGAUAUUUCGAAAGCUGGUGCUGAUGGGCAUUCUUAGCAUGGGUCCUUAGGUCCGACACUCUUUUGUAAGUCCUUUCUUCUGGACACCGGGGCAAAUGACACGCAUGGUCCUGUGGACGGGUAUCAUGAAAGGUGAAGGUAACGAACAGUGAUCAAUCUCAUAAUACAAAUAGAGAGUUGAGCAAACACGGACCUCUGGAUAUACCAGAGGUGGGAUCAGGUGUUUAAGAGGAGUAAGCAUCCCCUGUCGACCGGUCACGAGCCCUAUAUCUUGAUCAGGUAAACGGAGUCAUCCGUAGUCAAAAUCAGUGUGUCAAGAACGGCCUAACAAGAAUGGCCAGACAGCAUUUGACCCAAUGAUAGGUUGUUUUGGCAAACUAGAUUGUUAUAACGACCAUAUAAUUUGGGGAAGCUGAAAUAAUCCCGUUUACCAUAAAGUUGAGUUGUUAGUUUGCCGCUAUUAUUUAUCUAAGUAUGAAGCAGAAAUGGACGACUCUGCGGCGUCUUCAAGUUCACAGGGAUAUAUCGAAUUGACAUAAGAAUAAAACUCAGCAUUGUUAAUGGAUAAAACGUCGUCGAUAUAUCUAAAUGACGUAUUGAAGGUCACAGCAAGAGAUUUUUUCUUCUCACGAAGAAGUUUUUGAAGUUUUUUAAUUCUGCUUUAUAUGAAUACAGACAGUCCGAUGGAACCACUAACUGUGAGCAAUAGAAGUGGAGGUAAAUUUUAUGUUAAAUUGUAUUUUAUUAAAUCACCAAUCAGUACAACUAUAAAGUGCAACUCCCAUGAUGUUUCUAAUAUUUUUUUUCGUGUGCUUGCGCACAACCGGCAUAAAUGUCACUCCUUUAUGAAUAUGCACUAGAAAACUCUUAAUUUUCUCCUUACAUUUAGUAGACCAGUUUUAAUACCCGUAUAUAAUUUGUCGAAAUUGUCAAAUCGUAUUGUUUUUCAUAGUUUAUCAUACUAACAAAACUUGGUAUAGCUUUUAACAUCAAACAAAAUAUUGUUUAAUACGGCAAUUACCUUUAAAUCUGUGGAUGGAAACGGGCGAUAAAAUAAAAUAUUUCUGUUUUCCCUUCUGAGCCUCCCACCUUCAUGGUUCUAAAAUUAGAGAUGAUGUGUCAACACGGAACCAUGUUUUAUGGUUCGACCUCAUCAACUUCCUAUGGUUUUUCUUCUCGGAAUGGAUGAGAAUUCCGUGAUAAGAGAAUUUUGAACUGCAAACAGAUGAACAUCACAAACUAUGUUAUAAUUUUAAAUCUCAUACAUGUCUUCAAGAUUGCCUUAUCGUGUACACGUUGGAUGAAAAGAGAAGACUAUACAGGAAACUUUUUAACCUGCUGUUCUACCAGUUGUAACCCAGGUUUCUUUGUCAAGGUGUGUACUGUCAAUGGGACUGACGAUAAAUGUGUACCCUGUCCAGAGGGCACGUACAUGGAUGACGCAACAAGCUCAUCACUGCCUCAGCACUGCAUUCGUCGUGAAUGUCUGCCAAAUUCGGUUCCAGCUGAUUCUUUUCCUUUGAACGGAUGCCGAAAAAAAUGUCGUUGUGAUACCACUAACGGAUAUAUAGGGACAGAUCCCUGUGAUUGCCGAAAGACCACAAAGAAUGAAGAUGUUCUUAAUAGAGGUUCAUCGCAAAAACCCUACACCACUAGGAGUGCAGGGAGUACACCAGAAGUAAGCAGGAAUGUAUCCUUAGCCAACUCGACUACAUUGAAAAACGACAACGGGAUAUCUGAUAGUACUAUCCUGACUAUAUGUGCGGGGACAGCAGGCGCACUUCUUCUUAUUCUCUCAAUACUGGUCAUUGCAUUAUGCUGCAUCAAAAGACACCGUCAUCGAGAGUCUGAUUUUUCGCCUACAGAGAAUACAAAUACACAAAUAGCUCAACGACCUGUAGCUUUAGUGCGUCCUAAUUUCGCAACUGAAGUUCCAAAUGGCACACACUUACAGUCUUCUAAUGGACACCCACCAGUGAAUCUUGGUGCAGUAACGAACGAUGAAUCAAACACGCCACUCUUAGGUCAAAUUCAUCUAACUUCAGUCAAUGGACUAGCAAACGACUCUUAUGGUGAAUACCUACCACCCGCUCCAACCAUUGAUCCAAGCAGCUUAGAGGACCAGUUGGACAGCUAUCCUACCAUGGAUCCAAGCAGCUUAACAGAGGACAGCUAUCCUAGUGCUCCAUCAAAUGACCUCAGUGUUACACCUAGUCCUCAACUGCAGACAUGAUGACCCAUUUUCAAACGAAGACUCGGAAAAUGCAAUGACGUUUUAUCACAUCAAAUUCAUAUAUACAUCUAUUCGCAAAUCUUUAUGAAAGAGAUGUCUGAGGAAAAGACAGCAGGACCUAUUUUCUCAAUUUACGUCAGAACCUCAUCAACAAACUAGUUCUAAUUGUAACGGGGACCGUUACAGAUGUUCCCCAAACCUCCCCCAAUUAAAAAGUGAUGUACUUGUGAAUCUAUAGCAAAAAAUCAUUUUAUUUUAGCCUUUAAUUACAUGUAGUAAGUUCAAUAUGGUCAUUUCAGUACCAAGAAAUGAAAGAAAGCGUUGCACGUGCAUACACGCGCACGCGUGUAUGAUUCCGAUUUUUUGUUGAUGUCGUUCAACAGGCAUUUGUAUCAUAUACCCACAGUAUGAAUUUCAUAACGUUUCCAUCAAAUAUAAGGAAGUUAUAGCGAUUUUAAAAUCGUCCAAUCAGAAAUCAGCACACGUGCAUGCACGUGCUGAGCAGUAAUUCUAACCACAGCAAUUUGUAAGGAGUACCAAGAUACAUCUAAACCCCUAAUAUGAAUAGAAUUUGAUGAAAAACAAAAACGUUAUCGUCCUUUAAAAAUUGAACAUUUAAAAAACGUUACACGCGCAUGCGCGUGUGCGUUGGCAUUUUUUGUUACACCAACAUAUAGAUACACAUAUUGUCUACAUAUGCUGUGAAUAUCAUCUCAUUCGCUUCAUAAAUAAGAUAGUUACAAACGUUUUAGCAUUAUCCAAUCAAAAUGAAGCGCACGUGCAUGCGCGUGCAAAUUGGUAAUUUUGACCAUGUAAAUCAGUUAAGGGUCUCAAUAUCUACCUAUGAUAUGAAUUUCAAGCCAUUUCAAUGAACAACAAAAAAGUUAGACUGAUUCCAAAGUUAGCGUACAAAUUUUGUAAUGCGCGUGCACGCGCAUGCGUGCGCGUUCUGGCAAAAUAACUAUUAUUUUUCAUAUGUACAAAUGAUAUACUAUCAUCCUAUUUAGGUUUUAUAUCGCUUCCUUCAAUAUUCUGAUUUUCCAUUUUUUGUACCAAAAUUGCAAUGCACGUGCGCGCGCGUGCAUGCAUGUGCAAACAAAAUGACUAUCACUAUGCACAUCUACAAACGCUAUACUAUCAUCCUGGAAAGUUUCAUAUCGAUCCCUUUUGUAGUUUCUGCGAACACUACCGGACAAAAAAGUACCGGAGAAAAAGAAGAAUAAUAAUAAUAAUAAUAAUAAUAAUAAGAAACAGAGUAAAAACAAUAUGUUCCCAAACUUUGUUUGGGGAACAUAAUAAGUUGUUAUGACCCGUUAGAGUCACACGUGCCUCUUCCACGUAAAACAAAAUAUGGGAAGGCAAAUUUAUAGAUCUAUCGCUAUGUACAAUGUUCUAAUGAUGUGACAACAACCGACUUAACGGGUAUUCAGCUAGUUCAACAAAUGGAGUGCAGUCUACACCGCUUAUUCCCGAUAUCACAGUAAUUUUCUCAUUUAUGCUACCUAGGUUGUACCGGCAUGCCCCCUCCGUAGGAAAGAAAAUCAUUUACAAACGAAUAAAGGUUCACAAAGUCAUCAAAAAGUUCAUUGUUGAAGGCAAUAAUUGAUGUUGCAUCAACCGUGAUCCAACCAUAAAAUUUACAGAAAUCAACCCCCUGAAGGCACUGGCACCUUUGUCCAAAACAGGCCUCCAAAUCUACCUUAUAAUCUACAGUUAGCACUGCAAAUGUUUUUUAAACACAAGUACGAACGCGUACUGGUAUAUCCUUCUCGGUUUGUUUAGCUCUAUUUUUAGGGGGGGGGGGGCACAAAGGUAUCUGUGUCCCGUGGCGGGGACUCUAGGAUACUUUAGUGCACAUGUUGGGACGAAAUGGCCCUAAAACCCAAUUGUCUCCUCCGCCCUGUCUACAAGCAGAGGUGUGUGUGAUAUGUAAUAACAGUGUAUAUAUAGUACACAUGUUGGCUUAGAUAACCUGUUGGGGUUGAUAAUCAGUGGUCCAUGUGGCUGUGUCUGCCUCCACCGCGUACAAGCGGGUCAAGACCACAAGCUGGUAAAGCAAAUCAUGUACAUGUAGGGUAAAGUAAAACCGGGGACAGGGAGGACAGUCCCGCAUUCACUGGUCCAGAACGUGGGUCCUGUUCGGAUCGGACACUUGUGUUUUCACUCGGCCCCCUGUGUCCUGCUACACUUACAGGUAUCCCAAUCUCCCCACCAAAAAUUGCGGCCUUUAACUUCCAAUCAUUAUUGUCCAUCAAAGGUGUUAUAUUUGUAAUUUUCAUAUUCAGCCACAAUAAAUAUGGAACUCAACAAAA